ACACACGAGCCUGGUAUGAGUACAAAAUGAUAACAACUACAGGGACUGAUGCUCAUCGAUACGGGCCAAUCUGAAUGAGAUCGGUUAUUUAAAGAGCUUAAAAUUUUCUUCUUCAGUCUUCCAAUCGAUUUGACGUCAUCUUUAUUUCACGUGCUGCGUGGUAUUUACGCCAUUUGUGCUUGACGUGGUGCGUGGUAUUUACGCCAUUCAUUCACAUCUUUGUGAAACGAAGUCCUCACGCUGUGCCUAGUUUGAAUUGAAGUGCCCUAUUCAAUUGCGUCACAAGGCUGUCGUUGACGUCGCCGAUAAGAGACGUUUAAGAUGGCGGGGCUCAGCAUCGGCGACUAUCAGUGUGCAUCUGGUGCUCUUGGAGCGGACUUCGUUUCCGUGAUACUCACUCACGAAUCAGCCGAGAUGCUGCGUCUUGUGUCGAUGCUGGCCUGUCUAGGCGCCCUGGAGGCGGCCGUGGUGGCCGUGCCGCACGUGCAGCUGGACGUGCCGCACGUGCAGCUGGACGUGCCGCACGUGCCGGCCCCCGUGCAGCCCGUGAUCGGCGCCGUGCUGGCGCAGAGGAAGACCGCCGAGCCAGCCACCGUCUCCCUGCCGCUCACCAAGGUGGAUGCAAACGGCCAGCGAUACUUCCUCGGGGAGAUGUCGGUGGGCACGCCCGGCCAGGCCAUGACAGUGACCGUGGACAUCACCGGCCCGCUCUCGUACGUGCCCUCCGUCAACUGCAGCGACCCGUUCUGCACGAGCCACAAGCGAUACGACUCGGCCGCCUCCUCCACCUACGAGGCGGACGGCACUCCGUUCGAGCUGCCGUACGGACAGAACGCCAGCGGCGUGCUCUCCAAGGACGCGAUCAGCGUGGGGGGCGCCACCGUGAGCGGCCAGACGUUCGGAGAGGCCACGGCCGUCUGGAACAGCUACUCGGUGCAGGCGCCCAACGACGGCGUGCUCGGACUGGGCUUCGGCUUCAUCGCCGGCGAGCAGGGCGUGCCGACGAUCGUGGAGUCGAUGGUCGAGCAGGGCCUGAUCGGACAGUGGCUGGCCGGAAUCUGGCUGGGCCGCGACGACGCCGGAGGUGAGCUGACCCUGGGCGGUCUCAACGACGCCCGUCACAGCGGCGAGCUGACCUGGGCGCCCAUCGUGCUCAACCCAGAGGGCUGGGCGGCCUCCGUGGAGAGCCUCACUGUCGGAGAGACCAGCAUCUGCUCGGAGAACUGCUUCGUCACCGCGCUGAGCACCACGCCCUACUUCUUCCUGUCCAUGGAGGCGGCGAAGGCGGUCAACGACGCCCUGGGCGGCUUCGACAUCGGCCAGCCGGGCGUGGCCGGCCUGGACUGCAGCACUCUGUACACGCUGCCCACUCUGCAGGUGAAGGUGGCCGGACGCAUCCUGGAGAUGAGCCCGCUCGAGUACACCUUCAUCUACCCAUUCGGAGGUGGUGUCGAGAUGUGUCUCUCGGGCUUUGUCGGUAUGCCUGACUUUGACGACAAUGUGACCGUGCUGGGCUCCCUCUUCAUGCAGAAGUUCUACACUGCCUACGACAUGCAGAAUAUGCGCGUGGGCUUUGCUGACAGUGCCUGAUACACCACUCUCCGUGUAAUGGAAGGCUGCAAGAGCUCUAUGACGAAAUCUUCAAGUGAUGAUUGUUUAGGAAAGUAGCUUGUGUUGUGGAAUUGAUUUUUGAUCAUUCUUAUCAAAUAAAACGUAUUGCAAAGUCA